CGUGAUCCCCGUGGUGUUUGUUCCCGAAGUGUCUCCGCUGACUACGGAUCAGCGCAGGGCUCCAUGUUCAGGCUGGAAGUAGAAACUGACAGACUCACUUCGCUUCAUCAAUGUACGGAACGUUAACGGCAGUUUAGCUGGUUAACGGUGUCGGUAACGUUAAAACAGCUCCUAAAGAUGCUUUGGUUUGAGGGCUCAAUCCCUGACGCCAUUAACUUGGCUAAACAGCGGAGUUUCGUCUUUGUCGUUGUCAUUACAGGGGAGGAUGACCAGUCUGCCCAGCUGAUGUCCAGCUGGGAGGAUGAGCAAGUGUCGGAGGCAGCCCACCACUGCUGUGUGGCCAUCCGAGUGGAUGCCAAGAGCGAGCCCUGUGUGCAGUUCUCUCAGAUCUACCCCGUGGUGUGCAUCCCCUCCAGCUUCUUCAUCGGGGAGAAUGGGAUCCCUCUAGAGGUCAUCGCCGGCAGUGUUUCUGCUGAAGAACUGAAGAAAAGAAUCCACCGAGUGAAGCAGAUGCAUGCCCAGCAGAUGGAAGGUGGGGCAGUGUUACCAGAGGCAGGUGUUCCUGUGGAGGCCAGCCCAGCUGAUAGCAGCGCUCCAGCCUCAGCUCCAGCCUCAGCUCCAGCCUCAGCUCCAGCCAGCGCAGCUGCACCAGCGUCCGUCUCCAGCACAGCCCCAGGGACAGCCGACGCAUCUUCAGACCAUGCUGCCCCCAGUGAAGAGAACCUGGAUGCUAAGGUGGACAGGUUAACCAAGAAGCUGGAGGAGAGACGAGAGCAGAAGAAGAAAGAAGAAGAAGAGCCUGUGGAUCAGAGCGAGAUCAAGAAGGAAAUGGAGCGGAGGAAGAUGGGGAAGGAUGUGCAGGACCUGAAGAAGAAGCAGGAAGAGGAGAAGAUGAGGCGCCUGCUGGAGGAGAGGAACAGGGAGAAGGCUGAGGAGAAGGCUGCCAGGGAGCGCGUCAAACAGCAAAUCGCCCUGGACCGCGCGGACAGAGCCGCCCGCUACGCCCAGACCCAGGAAGAGGAGAGGGCAUCCCGGCAGGCAGCGCUGGAGGCCCGGCAGGCUCAGCACGACGCCCGCAAGGAGUCAGCACUCAGGGAGAGGAGUACCAUAGCGAGGAUCCAGUUCAGGCUCCCAGACGGCUCUUCCUUCACCAACCAGUUUCCGGCCCAGAGCAGGCUGCAGGAGGCCCGGGACUUUGUUGAUCAGGAAGUGGGGAAGCGCUAUGGGAAGUUCUCCCUGGCGACCAUGUUCCCUCGGCGGGAGUUCACCAGUGAGGACCUGAACAGGACUCUGCUGGAGCUGGAGCUGGCUCCCAGUGCCUCCAUCGUGCUGCUGCCGCAGUCGAGCAGGCCUGCGCACACAGUGGUCCAGUCCUCUGCCGGGGGCGUCUGGGCCCUUGUGGGCACACUGCUCUACCCUCUACUGGCUGUGUGGAGAUUCCUCAGCUCCUUCCUGUUUACCAGCCCAACCCCUCCUGGAGCCGGAGCAGCACCCAGAGGCCCAGGUCGCCCGUCCAGCUCCUACACCAGCUCAGCAUCAGCAUCAGCAUCAGCCUCGGACAAAACAAACAGAGAAAGUGUCUCCAAGCACCCUGCAGAGAAGCGGCCCAAGGACUUCAAGAAGGACGGGAAAAUCUGCAGGCUGCGGAAUCAGGAGGACAGCGAGGACGAAACCAACACCUGGAACGGGAACUCCACCCAGCAGAUGUAGUUCUCUGUGACUUCCUCUGGCUGUCCCGCUGUGAUUGGUCCGGUGGUUUCUGUUGUCCCUCCUCCUGACUGUCGCUACUAAUCAACAGCAGCUGUUUUUGUGUUGAUGAUGACAUGAUUGUGUCCGGUGGCCAGGCUCUCUC